CCGCACCGCACGGGCCGCCGGCGGGAGCGUGCGCGGUGAAGGAUUGGCGGCGGGGGUGCUAAGACGGCACCCUUCGGGCGGAGGGUGCGGUGAGGCGGGGAUCGCAGUGUGUUCACAGCGCGUUCACAGCGGUAGUGUCGGUGGCGCGGCCUUUCCUCGGUGCCGCCCGGCCCGUGCGGGGCCGGGGGUCCCGCCCGCGGGGGCGCCGGGGCGGUGUCGGAGGCGCUUCGUCAGCGCCGGGCACCGGCGGCGGCUUUCCCUCGGCGGUGCCUUGCUGAGGGUGUUGCCCCCUUCCCCGAGAGCGGUCCUUGCUCCGUGCCUCGGCCCCGGUUCGCAGGGGUGCCCUUGUGCCCCGCUGGCGCAGGCGAGACUGUCCCACGCCGCGCUCCCCGGUGCUGUGCGAAAGGGCCGGCUCAGCCCCGCUGGGAAGUCGGCGCGAUCCCCGCUCUGCCGGGCUGAGGGGUGCAGCUGGUAUUCGUUUCCCUUUGAGGGGAGCCGGGGAAGGUCUGAAGCACAGAAGCAUGCUUUCCGCUGAGCCUCACACUACCACCUGUGAUACAGAAUGUCUCUAAGUGAGAACAACAGUGUGGUGUUUGCCUAUGAAUCUUCAGUGCACAGUACCAACGUACUCCUCAGCCUUGAUGAUCAGCGAAAGCAAGAUAUCCUUUGUGAUGUUACAAUUUUAGUGGAAGAUCAGCGAUUUCGGGCUCACAAAGCUGUGCUUGCAGCUUGCAGCAGUUACUUUCUUUCAAGAAUUGUGGGCCAGGUGGAUGCUGAUCUUAUCAUCACCUUACCGGAAGAGGUAACACUUAAAGGAUUUAGUCCUUUGCUUCAGUUUGCGUAUACAGCAAAACUUGUUUUAAAUAAAGACAAUGUGUCUGAGGUUUGCAAAUGUGCAGAAUUUCUGGGUGUACACAACAUUGAGGAGUCCUGCUUUCAAUUUCUCAAAUUCAGAUUUUUGGACUUUAAAUUGGAUCAGCAGGAAUGUCCUAGGAAGAAGUGUUGCACACAGCGUUGUCAGAAAGCAAACCCUAAAACUGGCAAUGUGGAUGAUGGAGACCUAGAAAUAAAUUAUGAAGUAGAAGCACUUCUAGAAAAGGAAUAUAGUCAAAUUCCUGACACAAAGCCCUGUAAAGAUGAAGAAAAUGCUAAAUCAUCGCCUGUUCUCCAAAAUAAUGCCAAUCAAAACUGUGAUCCUGUACAUUUAGAAAGGGGUAGUGCUUCCAGCUUAUCUUCCCAAUGCCCAAAGUAUAGAAAAUUCCAGAAAGCCUUUGGAAAUGACAAAGUUAAUACUUCAGAGUCCAGUUCCAGUAUUAAAGAUGUUCAGGUACCACCAUUUGCAACUUCUCUUGAGAAGGAAAUACCUGAUAAUGAUGGUAUACAAAAAGCUCAGGAGUGUGUGCCUAUGCAGCUGAUCUCAAACUGUGAAGAGACUCAGGUAGAAAUGGAGGAAGGGGAAGAAGGCAUUCAGAAAAAAGAAGAGUUAAGGAGAGAUUCUGUAACUCGGAAUGUGUCAUGUCCUGUGGAGAAAAUGGAUCUUGCUGCUUUCCCCCAAAACUCUGCUGCACCUCAUGGACUCAAUUCUGUGUCUGUUCUACAUAGUUGUGAGCAAUAUGGUAACUUGAAUUUCAGUAGUAUGCAAAACAACACAGUCUUAGCUGAAAAAACUGUGUUAAGUACUGGAGCUGGAAAUGACAAAACUGAAAGUCAAGGUAACCCGUCUUCAAAGGUGGAUUUGUGCAUUAGGGAAGCCACUAGCAUCACCUCAGCUGGAGAUCGAAGCAGUGUGGAGAGAGAGAUAGCAGAACAGCUAGCACAGGGGUUCUGGAGUGAUGUUCACAGCACAGAUGCCUGUCAAAUACAUUUACCACCUGCAGUUUCUAAAGAGUAUUUGGAGCCCACGUACUCGGGGAAAAAAUCAGAGUGUCCGUGGCUGGGGAUCAGGAUCAGUGAAAGCCCUGAACCUUGCUCUCAGCGAACUUUUACAACACUGAAUUCAGUCAAUUGCCCCUUUAUAAGCAAUCUUAGCACUGAAGGAUGUUCCAACACCUCUGAAAUAAACAGUGGAGAUUAUGUUCAGGGACAGCAACAAGAACAGUGUCCCUAUAACUAUGUAAUAAGUCUGGGAGAGGAUUCGGAGACUGACACUGAGGGAGACAGUGAAUCCUGUUCAGCAAGAGAGCAAGAAUGUGAGGUAAAACUGCCGUUUAAUGCACAAAGGAUUAUCUCACUUUCCAGAAAUGACUUCCAGUCAUUUCUGAAAAUGCAUAAAUUAACUCCUGAACAAUUGGACUGUAUUCAUGAUAUCCGAAGACGAAGUAAAAACAGAAUUGCAGCACAGCGAUGUCGCAAGAGAAAACUUGACUGUAUACAAAAUCUUGAAUCUGAAAUUGAAAAGCUGCAAAAUGAGAAGGAGAAUUUGCUGAAGGAAAGAAACCACAUUUUAUCAACUCUGGGUGAGACAAAGCAAAAUCUGACUGGACUUUGCCAACAGGUGUGUAAGGAAGCAGCCUUGAGUCAAGAGCAAAUACAAAUACUUGCAAAAUAUUCUUCUUCAGAUUGUCCACUCUCAUUUUUGUUCCCAAAAAGAGAACAAACAGCUCCAUCUGAUAGUGAGCUUGUGCUACCAGCAUCUGUAGAAUCAGCAAAUGGUGUUUCAGGUGUCCCACCUACAGCUGAGCAGAGUUCCUGUUAUCAGUGUGUCAAAAGCGUGUGUGAGGCCGCGUAUGAUCAAGUACAAGAACUGCAUCCAGUUCCUGCCAGAACAUUGGAGCAAACGUCGCUCGUGGAGCCGUGUGGACAGAACAGUGGCAUCACAGACUUCUGCCAGCAAAUGACUGACAAAUGCACUACAGAUGAAUGAAUCUCUCCUUCCCAUUGCCAGCCUCUCAGCAUUGCAACAAGAAGUGGGAUUGAGCAUUAUUGGAAAGUAACUUACUAAGUGAAAGAAACGACAAAAGUUUAAUCUUUUGAAGCUAUAUUGACAAUUACAUGGUCACCAUUAUUACUUGGCAAGCUUUGUGUUUGCUCUGUGUAGUUCCAGAACAUAAUUUGUAUGUGUCAGCCUUGGAGCUUUUUCUGUGUGGUGAUGCCAAGGAGGGUUCAGGAAAGCUGUUGGAAAGUACAAAUUCCAUGCACAGGUGCUUAUUUGUGAGGAAGUUUUGUUCACGUGUAGAGCAGCCUACUCCGAUUUAUGCCACAGUACUUAAUGUUACUCUGCAUUUUAAGGAAAGCCUCAUGACACUGUUUAUGCGCAAUGACUUCUAUACCUGGAAUUCUUCUAAGACUUCUUUCUUCCUGGUAGACAAACCUUAAAAGCAUAUAUAGCUCUGUAAAUGUUCAUUUUGUAGAUGGGCUGUUACAUGACAGGAUGAGGAGAUUUUGAAAAGUGCAUUCUGGUAUAGCUCCUUGCUUCCUGCUGCUCCCCUCCCCAUCCCAGAGAAGACUUUACUGAAUUAAAGUAGUAGGCUACUAGUAGUAGUAGAAUUGAUUGGUAGUAGGCUUUUAUUGAAUAAGUGGUUUUGUCUUGUCGCUGUAGUACAGAAUUAAAAGAACUGGAGCGGCAGAGGUGCUGCCACAUACUGCUCUCUUCUCUAAGUUUAGUGGGAGGAAUAACAACGCACUGUGGAAGGCAGGCAUCUGAAACUGGUGCAGUUCUUGGAUGAGUGUGCAUUGGAUCCUCUGGCAUCUGAAUCCCAUAGGCUUAAUAAAACUCACAGUUGUAUUGUGACUUCCUGUCCUAGCACCUUCAAGCUUGCUGCUUGUUUGUGGCAAGUUGGAAUCAAAGUAUUGUGAAAGUCUAAGGACAGACUUUUUUUUUUUUUUUUUUUUUUUUUUUUUUUUUUUUUUUUUUUAAGGUAUUCAGGCACCACAUUUUUUUCUUUCAGUGCCUAACUGCCUCAAGUAAGUUACAAAUAUUUGUUCUCUGAUCACUGGGACCAGUAAAGUUCAAUUUCAGAAUCAAUCUUCAGGAUACUUGAUGGCUAAACCUGUAGUAUAUUUUCAAUGGCUUGUGCUAUUAGCAUAGAUAUAUAAAAAGUUUAUUGAAGAAAUUAGCUGGAGUUACUUCCUUAUUACUUGGUGAAGGAGAAAUUCAGCUACUGAAAAUAAUCCCCAUUUUCUAGAUUUUUACAUAGCAGUGGAUGCAUAUUGUAUACCAAUGAUGUUUUGUUAUUGAGAUGCUAUUCUCACACCAGAACUAAGUAUUGAACCUCACCACAGAAAACUUUGGGUUUGCUGGUUUACAAAACAUGAAGAAUCUUGUACAAGCCAGUGGAAUUCUUCAUUUCCUACCUCAGAAUGUGUAUUAGCUUUUUGUGUCUUUAUGUGCAUGUACAGUAGGCAGCAACUAAGCAACAGCCCUUGUAAAUACUGCUUUUCAGUUUUACCUUGCAGCAAGGCAAAACUUGUUCUUGGCAAGGCUCUUUUUUUUCCUCUCCCCAGCAUCCAUAGGUAACAUAGCAUUAAUAAAUACAGUAAGCCACUUAUUUAAAACAAAAAUUUAAAAAUUAACAGAUUUCAACAGGACUUCUCGUAACCAGCACGCAACACAAAUGACUACACUACCUCACCUAUGGGACUGAAAGUUGAUUCAAAUCUCUAGUGAAUCCUGGGAUUUUCAUCAUGUAUCAUUACUUUUUUAAGGGAAAAAAUAUGCUGAUGGCGCAUAGCUUGUAUAAAUCACAAUGCUUGCAGUAAUUGAAAUUCAGAAAUAAAUACUACAUGGCAGACAUCAUGAUAAUUGGAUUGAAAUUCUUUUAAAUUACAUAAUUGAGAUAUGGUGAUCCUGUAUAUGUAUUACUUCAUGAAGUUCUCCGGGCUUUUUCUUCAGUUUCUGUAGAUUCCUGGUUAAUUUAAUCCUGUCUCCCUCCCACACUGCCACCCUGGGAAGCAUUUUGCUAUUAUGUCUCCAUUUUGUUUAAAAAAGCAAACCAAAAAGAAAUAAUAAAAAACAAAAUUCAAAGCCCAAACCUCUACUGUUCAUAACUACUAUCACUUUUAAAGCUGGUGAUAUUCUGAAAUGACGUGGACAAUGGCAUUAAAACAUUGUCCUAGUAGUGCACAUAGUUGGAAAUAGAAUUCCUUGGGUUAAGUCCUUAUUAUAACAAGUUGGAGCGUCUUUGUAGGGAAUGGCUGUCUGGGAGCUUAUCCAGUGGCCCAAAGGCCUGACACACUUUGCUGCAGAUGUUGGAACACAAGGUCAGUGAUGCAAUAUCCCUAAAGAGUUGUGCUCCACUGCUGGAGUCUGGGGAUCAGCCACAGCCUGAAUUGCAUGUAGCUGAUGGUGGAGGGAUUCCAGGGCAGGAAUCAUGGCAGUCAUUGACCUAUGAUAAAAGUAACAUCAUGUUUUUAAACCUGAUAUGAACUUGAUGAAGUUUGAGGGUAGGUUUGUGCCUGACCAGCUGCAUCUAAUUAAUUUUUAAAAUAUUUAUUUAAUACCAUAGACCUACAAGUUGCAUGUUGACUUCUAUAAGCCUAUAUCAUCAACUUGCAAAUGUUAUGAAUGAAUGACAAUUUUAUGAUACAGAAUUCUCAGGAAAAUGUUUUUGGAGUUUGGUUUUAUUUUUUUUCUCUUCCAGUAAAGAAACAUUCAUUUUUGAAAUUGUAAAAUACUUUGUUAAAGCAUGUUUUAAAAUACUUUGAACAGACUAUCUUAAAGCCAUAUGGGUAUGAUGGCAUACAGAUUGUAAAAUAAACAGAUAAUUACAACAGUUGAUUUUGUAUUUUUCGUAAUUCAGUAUUUUCUAAGUCUGCAAUAAAAACCACUAUCCUUUCUA